UUACCAAAAAUUUCCUUUCAUUCCCCCUUGUUUUUUUGGGGGUUUGUUUUACAAUAAUUUAUUUAUUUUUUUAAUAAAAAAAACGCCAUGAAUGCUGUUGCUACUGCUUCUGCUCUUUCUCUUCCUAUUUCUCUUAGUCGACCUUCUAAAUUUAAUCCUAGAAAGGUAAAAGGCAGUAUUGGAGUGUUUGCUGUUUUUGGAGAAGAUGGAGGGUCCAUAGACAAGAAGAGCACGUGGGGGACGCUCUUUAAUGUGGAGGAUCCAAGAUCAAAAGCCCCAUUGUAUAAAGGAAAAAUAUUGGAUGUAAAUCAAGCCUUGGAAGUGGCAAGAUUCGAUAUCCAAUACUUGGAUUGGAGAGCUAGACAGGACGUUCUUACAAUAAUGCUCCUACAUGAAAAGGUCGUGGAGGUAUUGAACCCUCUUGCUCGUGAAUACAAGUCCGUUGGCACAUUGAGAAAGGAGCUAGAUGGUUUACAAGAAGAGCUUGCACAGGCUCAUAAACAGGUUCAUAUUUCUGAAGCACGGGUUUCAGCAGCUUUAGAUAAACUAGCUUACAUGGAGGAACUGGUUAAUGAUAGGUUGUUACAAGACAGAACAACAACUGAAACCAAUCAGACAGAUGCUUCAUCAAAUACCUCCACACAACCCAUGGAAACCACUAAGAGGAAGCUGCCUCGUAAGAAUAUAGAUGUAUCAGGUCCUGUCAAAUCUUAUCAUCCUAGCUUGAAGAAUUUCUGGUACCCUGUUGCCUUUUCUGCAGACUUGAAGGAAGACACUAUGAUCCCAAUGGAAUGCUUUGAGGAACCUUGGGUCAUUUUCCGUGGGAAAGAUGGAAAACCUGGGUGUGUUAAGAACACUUGCGCACAUAGAGCUUGCCCUCUUGAUCUUGGCUCUGUGAAUGAGGGUCGCAUUCAAUGUCCUUAUCAUGGAUGGGAAUACUCAACAGAUGGAAAAUGCCAGAAAAUGCCAUCUACGAAGUUAUUGGAUGUUAGGAUAAAGUCGUUGCCUUGCUUUGAGCAGGAGGGGAUGAUUUGGAUUUGGCCAGGCAGUGACCCUCCUGCCGCCAACCUUCCUUCACUUUUACCUCCUGAAGGAUUUGUAAUUCAUGCAGAGAUAGUUAUGGAACUUCCAGUUGAACAUGGACUACUUUUGGAUAAUCUUCUCGACCUUGCACAUGCUCCUUUCACUCAUACUUCCACAUUUGCCAAAGGAUGGAGUGUUCCAAGCUUGGUGAAAUUCUUGACACCAGCAUCAGGACUUCAAGGAUACUGGGACCCUUAUCCCAUAGAUAUGGAGUUUAGACCGCCUUGUAUGGUACUAUCUACAAUUGGGAUCUCUAAGCCAGGAAAACUAGAAGGGCAGAGUACUAAGCAAUGUGCAACACAUCUCCACCAACUUCACGUUUGUUUACCAUCAUCGAAACAAAAAACAAGACUGCUUUAUAGAAUGUCACUAGAUUUUGCUCCAAUUCUAAAGCAUGUUCCCUUCAUGCAACAUUUGUGGAGGCACUUUGCAGAGAAGGUCUUGAACGAAGAUCUGAGACUCGUGCUCGGACAACAAGAACGUAUGAUAAAUGGAGCAAACAUCUGGAACUGGCCUGUACCCUAUGACAAACUCGGUGUCAGAUAUAGACAAUGGAGAGAUGCAGUCGAAAGAGGAGAGAAACGUCUUCCCUUUACCAAAUGAAAUACAUACGAGAAUACUCCCAAUGUAACAUACUGACGGCUUGACUUCACUCUACCUUUGGCAAAUUGCAAUCGGAGAUGUGAUUGUUUAUCGUAAGGCUUCAUACGAAUAAUUUCUGCACUUCUCAGCAAUGGUAAGGUUUGUUUUGGGGCAUCAAUUGAGCUCGUCAAAUUGUGGAAACCGGAAAUUGUCAAUGAUGUGAGGGAAAGUCAAUAGCAUGCCAUUAGUCUGUAUGCUUUUGCUUAAUUUUUUUUGUCAGGUGUACAGUUUCAGUGCUAAAUUCAAUAAUCCUCCCUCUUUUUUUUUUUUUUUCCUUUUCUUUUUUUCCUCCCCUAUUUUACUCCUCAUUAGGGCAUCUAAUACGAAACCCGAUUAUAAGUUGAGUGAUUGUAAAUUUUCACCAUUAUAGAAUAGAUGAUUGUACAUUAAACAUCUCUUCUUUCUAAUGCAUCUUUUGUGAAGAAAUUUUGAGGACAAACAUUAUUCUUCAAUUGCAAUCUUUUCAAGUACAA